AGAAGCUUUUACGAACUAGCGUUAAAAGAUAUGGGACUGUUACAUGAGAGCGAAAGAGUUGUGAUGAUUGGUGAUGAUAUUUCGCAAGAUCUCGGAGGUGGUGCCCGAGAAUUGGGAUUGGUUCGAUUUCUGGUCAGGACGGGAAAGUAUAGACCAGAUGAUGAACAGAAAGAUAGCAGUAUUAAUGGUGUAUUUGACAAUUUCGGAGUGGCCGUUGAUAGGAUUUUAAAAG